AUGAUGGUCUCUAAGGAAGAGAAACGAUGGAUUGUUGUGGGAAUUGCUAUGAACAAAGUUGUUGCUCCUGUUUUGCGAGAUACUGUCAAACAAGGAAUGGACAACAACUUUACAGAUCUGGACAGACACUGCCAACAUCUGACCCCACCGUGUACCCUAAGGACAUUAAUUUAUGGUGUUGUCGGAUCAGAUCCUUUCUUCAGCAGCCUGAAAUUUCAAAAUAUUAACAGCAAUGAACUUGUGCAUGGUAUAAGAAACUACAACUUCAACAUUAACAACUCCGUAGAUUUGGCUAAGUUGUACCUACCCGGGUAUCUUGCUCAGUUCUCAGCCUUUGAUGAGUCGCUGGACAUGACUGCCAUCCUUCGGCUUCUAGGAUUCAAAAACUACAUGCCUAUACCUAUGUUCUCCCCACACACCCAGGCUUCAUCUGAUGAUGUCAGAGAAAAUGUCAGAAACAAAUGGGGCCACGUGGAUGUAACUGAGUGGACAAAUGCUCUGUUCGAUGAUUGCUUUGUCAAGCUGGAAACACUAGUGAGGAGUCUUGGCUUAACACCAGUUGUGGAAAGGAAAGUACUGAAUGAGCUUGCUGAUUGGCAAACAAAAGGUAAUUACCGGCUGAAACAAUAGCAGACAAGUUCAUUGUAUUGGUAUUGUAUGCGGCGGAGUUAACUCAGAAUAAAUGUUGAAGAGAACCAAAAAUCUCUAGUCAAAAGAUGUCGAUAACUCUCAUUGUAGUUGCGUUAUUUUAUACAAGCCAUGCCUACUCUUGAUGCAGAUGAAGGAACAGAUAAUAGAGUGCUCAACAUGUUAUAACAGAGUUCUGUCGAGGGUCUACAACAGGGUCAAAGUGAAUGUAUAGCAGGAUGUCCCAAAAGAGAACCAGAUGGAGCAUCGAAUCAAAUGUUCAGCGUGGAACAAAGUUUUAGCGUACAUACGGGUUAAACUUACUGAUAUUUUGUUACGCUUCAACAUAACAUCCUCUUACAUCUUUAGAAUUUUUCUUCAAAAUCAAGACAAUGUUAUGCAUGGUUAUAGUUUUUACCCCAAACGACUCUAAAUUUUCGAUCUUAAUUUUCUGCAGGUUGUCAGUUGAUCAUGGGACAUGUUGUAGACAAAGAUCUUCUCCAUUUGGUACAAGAUGAAGUGAGAGAUCUUAUAAAGGACUACCAAACCAUCGAGUCACAAGUGAAUCUGCAGAACAAACAGAUUGAUAAGGUUGAGGAAGAUGUUUCCACCCUUAAAGAUCAGUUUGCAAGUCAAGAAGCCGGGUGUCUAAGCACCAUGGAAAAGAAGUUACAAGAAUUUGAAAAGAAUAGAAGUGAAGAAAUCGGACAGGUUUUGAAAAGGCUUUUGUCAUUCGAAGCACAGUUAUCCAUGCGACUUGGGUUGGUAGAAGUAGGGCUUGCUAAGACAGUCGAUAAUCUACAACAACUGAAGCAAAGCCAAACCAAGACAGAUGACAGAGUAGAACAAUUGGAACAAAGCCAAACUAAGACAACUGGUAGAGUAGAACAACUGGAGCAAAGCCAGGCCAGUGCAGGUGAUAGACUAAAAGAACUGGAACAAAGGUGUGACCAAGUGAAGCAAAUUGAAGCAGAAGUGAAAUGUUUAAAAACAAACAAUAGCCAAUUAGGUAAGCUUAGUUGGAGAUCAAAUUAUUGGCCAAGUGUUUUUAAGUAAUUUUUUUAGCUACAAGGUGGUUAUUGCCAGUGGUCUAGUAUGUUGAGUUUCUUGAACAGUAGGUCCCAUGUUAAUGGUCCGUGGAGAAUGCACUGGCCAAAAUGCACUUAUAUCUGCAAGUGGCUAUGAACAAGGACGAGACUCACGAGACUUUUGUUGGUUUGAUGCCUGCAUGCAAGGCUUAAAUGUUUGUAGAUGUAACCAUUAGUAAACGAAAAGAGACAGUAAACUUGGUCGCGUGGUACAAAGUGACUUUUGCCGUUUGCCGUAAACGUAACUCCGUCUAAAUCGGUCUAUUAUAUAAAUCUUGUCAAUUGAUUGCUAGAUAUUAUGAAUAUAGCAAAAGCUGCUCGCCAGCUCGGCUGUUUAUGGUUUAUCAGAUCGGCUUUUUUAAUCACAUCCUAUUUCUCCGUGCUUUUUAAGAACGGAUUAUGAAAUUUUAGUUUACCAUAAUAUUUCUAUCCUUUUUUGUGUCCUCAGAGGCUUCUCCUGUAAAGACUUUCCAUCUGAACACCUGUCGACGCAAACUCCAAGAUCAUUACCAAAGAACAGCAUCUGUGCCCACCUCUGUUUGGAGUAAGAGAUCCGUUGUUGACAUACGCAAGAUUUACACUCGACUAUCCUUGGUGAAGGAGAAGCAAACCCCAGCUGAAACAACGCACUUUGAGUUAAAGCAUUACAGCCAUCUUUUCUCUGGAGACACUGACCUCGAUAUCAUUCCGAAACGAAUACUUAUGCAAGGGACGACGGGAAUCGGAAAGAGCACGUUUGUCAAAAAGUUGCUUGUGGACUGGGUGGAUGUCCAGAAGGAGACAGGUGAUGAAGAAACAGCUGUCCUGAAGAAUUUUGAACUUGUGGUUGCUGUGAAUCUCAAAGAAGUGUCCAAAUGUCAAAGCUUUAGAGAUGUAAUUAGACUCUCUGGUGUUUUUGCGAAGGAAGACAAAUAUAUGACAGAGGGCCUUGUCGAUUAUAUCACUAACAACCAAGAGAAAGUUCUUUUGAUCUUUGACGGCUACGACGAAUACCGAUGUGGACGCAACUCAGAAAUCUACGACAUUUUCGUGGGAAAUAGCUUGAGAGAGUGCUGUGUAUUAAUAACAACUCGUAUUUCAAAAGCUGACGAGUUGAGUGGAAGUGAAGACCUGAGUGUUGAAAUCACAGGGUUUCAAGAACCUGACAUGAGAGACUUUAUGGCGAGAUUUUUGCCAAAAAAGGAAGUUUUCAAACUGGAGAAUAUUUUACGCGAGAGAAAACUUCUUGAACUAGCGAAAGUCCCUCUACUUCUCCUAUUUUUCUGCACCCUCUGGAAGGAGGGGCAACUAAAGCACUUUGCAGAAACUAAAACUAAAUUGUACAUGGGCAUUAUUCAGUUUAUUCUAAAUCACAGCCAUAGAAAGCAAUCGCCACCUCAGUAUGUUGAAGUACAAUCUUUCAAGGCGGUCCUCUCAGAGAUAGGAAAGAUCGCUUUACAAUGUCUUUUGAAAGAUGAUCAUUUGUUUGAGUACAAUCAGUUGUCCGACACUGUCAGUUGUGAAGAAAGCGUCUUCAUCGGUUUACUUCAAAUGACCGAAUUCUCUGAAUCCCUACGGCCUGUUGGAAUGGUGUCCUUUAUUCACAAGAGCAUACAGGAGUUUCUAGCCGCAUGGUACAUCACUUUCAGAUGUAUACCAGAAAGCGGGAAUCUCGAAAGUGAAAUUGGAAUAAAGUUGGAGGAGUGCUUAGCCUUGGAAAAUGUAUUCCAGUUCAUAUGUGGCUUGAGCGAGGAAGGAGCCCAGACGGCUUUGAGCCAUUUCAAGUCCGUCAGACUCUCCGAUCCUUCGCUGGACUUAUCGAAGGCAAUACCGGACGAGGAAAACAAGACAGAUGUACCUCUAAGUGACGUCACUGAACGUCAAAAAACGUUCAACGACUUAGUUUUAGACUCAUUUGAAGAGGUUGAAUCAAAAGCUAAGUUGUCAAAGACUUGUCUUGAUUGUCUUGGAGGGAUCCUUGUUGUUUCAAGGCCAGUUCCAGUUGACCUACUGCCAAACGAACGGGAUGUAAAGCCUUGUUCUAUAGUUAUAGAGAAAAGUUUCUGGUAUUUUGUGAGGCCGACAUCUGGGGUUACAAGAGUGGUUAAGCCAUAUAGAAUACUUAGCCGCGUCCGGCCCCCUUGGCUAACUGGAGUCACAUUGGGUGAAUUUGCAACGAAGUUCCAGAAUGCCAACUGUAUUGUCCGGUAUGAUGCUCCUCCUUGUCAGUAUGGCUCAGUACUUUGUUUCCGAAAUGACCAAGUCCACUUUUACAUAACAUACUUAGAGCUACGGUGCAAAAACCACGCCGGGCUAUUCACUGAUAUUGCGGUUUCAUCUGAUUCAACAUAUUUAAGUUCAGUGCAUUCAUGCAUGAAAUUCCUAAAAUCCCUAUAUUGUAAAAAAUUGGAAGAGAAUUUAACGCUAGAACUUGCUGCAAUCAUCAAACACUGUAAUCAUUUGGAACGCGUUGAAGUUUCUAAAAGUGAUGACUCUUUAUGUCAACUCCUGGUGCAAGUACCAAAUCCUAGUGGGUGCUCUUUGUCUAUCGAGUCAUGUUGGUUAUCAUCAGCUGGAGCGGUUAACCUUGUAUCUUUGUUACUGAGGUUUGGAAACGUCAACCGCCUUGGCCUUCACCUGGAUGAAUGCUCCGAUUAUGCAGGAGAAAGAUUGGGUGAUGCCUUAAUCAACCUGAAGUCUCUGAAGAACCUGAAACUGAGCAUUAGCCUAACUUCAGCAGUAGCAGCGGCGCUUGGUAAGUCGCUGCCUGAAUUGUCAGCCUUACAAUUGCUGGAAAUAAAGGGCUCUGCUAAAGGACACAGUUUGCAACACAAGGCCGAAAUGGAGACACUGUUUCAUAGCCUUAACAGGCCAUCUGGCUUGAAGUUUUUAGCGAUCGUCCGUUUCAACGUGAGAGGAAGUCUUGCUCAUCUCACCAAAAAAUUUUGCUUCUUUCCAUUGUUAGAAGAGUUACAUCUUGAACGCUUAGACAUAGGGGAAACCGACUUCCUUAGUCUCCUCAGGAAUAUGAAAUUCAUCCCUAAACUGCGACGGCUGAGCCUGAUAGGUAACCCACUUGGUCAUGCAGUAAGACAGAUAGUCCCACAUUUACUAAAACUACAAAGCGUGCGACAUGUUUUCUUCGAACCAGGAACUGAUUGUUCGGAAGAAGAUUUGGAUUAUGUUCGGGAGGCCGUGAAAGGAAAAGUACCUCAGCUGAAAAUUUCCUAUCAUAAUUAUCCAUAUUUCUUCAUUCCCUCUGACAGCGACUGGGACAUAUCGGAAUAA